UUGUACUGUAUCUAUGUAACCACACUCAGUGUUUCACUGUCUCCGUGUGUGUGUGUGGAAGAACACGGAGGGCAAAGAGAAGAUAACGGAUGGUUGAAAGAAGAAAUUGAAGCAAAAUAUAAGUUGAUAACGAACCACUAUACAUUCAGUACUAUAUAUAUAAAAUGGAAGUAGUUGAUCACGAGAAACUCUGCAAAGCAAUUAAAGUGUCUCCAGAAGUAGGAGAAGACGAUGAUGUUAUUAGCAACAUGCCGGAUAAUGUGAUCGCUAAUAUUAUGGAUCGUUUGUCGAUAAAAGACGCGGUGGGGACUAGUAUUUUGUCUACAAGUUGGAGAUUUAAGUGGACUCUUAUCACCCGACUCAUCUUUGAUAUGAAGUUCUUUAGUAUGUUAGCCGAAAGGAAAGUUCACUUUGAUAAAAAUAAUAUAACUAGACUUCUCCGUCAUCUUGAAGGUGCCAUUACAAAGUUUGUCCUAGAAUUAGAAGUUAUCGAAUUUGAUGAUGAGGAUAUUCAUCAUUGGGUUAUGUCCCUUUCUAGAUUAGGAGGAUUAAAGGAACUCACUUUAAUUAAUCGCCGUACAACACCAGUUAAGUUGCCUACCCAUCUUUUCCCUUGUCUGGAGUUGAAACAUUUGAAGCUUCGUAAUUGUGUUUUGUCUGUUUCACCUUAUUCUUGUGAUUUUCGAAAGCUUUUGAGCUUAAAAUUGUUUCGUGUAAGCUUUCAAGACCACCAAUGUGGGGAAUUAAUUGCUCAAUGUCCCUUACUUGAGACUCUGGAAAUUUUGGAUAUCGAACUUAGAGGGGAAGUGAAAUUAGUUGAAAUUGCAAAACUCGAAAAUCUCAAGAUUUUGUGUUUGUCAUUGUGUUUGCUUGACAAUAUGACCGUGGUGAGACUUUCCAGUAUCAUCCAGCAAAUGUCUCUUCUUCCAAAACUUCAGGCGCUUCUUUUAUUUUUUCAAGAGUGUGAGUUCUUGGCAGAAGAUGUUGCUCAAACUCCCGGUCUCCGUCACCUGUCCCUACCUCAAAAUUCUUGCAUUAUUCGAUGUGGAUUUUAGUAGCGUUACCAUGUUAUCAUGUGCUUUUGGGAUGCUUUUUGGUUGCCCAAAUUUGCAGACACUUCAUAUCGUAGCCACAUACAAGAAUGAUGUCCCACCACCUGCCUUAUUUCCCCCAAUGGUAGACUGCAGCAAAAUGGGGCAGCUGCAGCUUCGGAAUGUGAAACUAGAAUCAAUAAGAGGUUUGGAAAAUGAAGUAUGUUUGAUUAAGUAUAUCCUCGCUUGUUCCCCCAUGCUAAAUAGUCUUGUUAUUCUGCACCACUCGUCCGUAGAUGGCAACGAGAAGCAUAAGCUUACUAGCAGGUUGUUGAAGCUCCAUCGAGCCUCCCCAAUAGCUGAGAUUAUCUUCUAGUUAUUAACAUUUCUUCUUGGUGUUUCUAGAAAUCGAAGUAAGGCUAUAUAGUCUAUGAUAAUGAUAGUGAUCGAUGCUACUUAAGUCUGACUCAAGUUAAUUUUAAUCCUAGAUUUGUGACU